AUGAGGAGCCUUUGCCGCUGUCUCCAAAACUUUCCGCGUACGCUGCUCAUGCGUUCAAUGGGAACAACCGCGCCAGCGGUAUCAUCCGAGCAGGAUCUAUCGACAGAGGAGAAGCCCCUCUACGGCACGGUUGCCUCACAUCGUAGCUACAUCUUCCUACACUCUCCAAUACCACCUACCAAGUUCCCCUCGAGAAUGACGACGACUCUGCAGCGCGCUUUACAACUACGCGCGUCGAAGUGGGGCGGGAUCGUCAAUUUUUCGUGGUCCGAAGGAGGAGAUGAUAGUGUGGACGCGCCGCAGGGUGCCACUGUGUUCUCGGCCUUGGGUGGGCGUUUGGACCUCCAAAACCUUGUGUUGGAGGACGUGGACAGUGUGGAUGCCGUGUUGAGGGAACACGCCGAGGGUCUGCAUCCCAGUCACCCUCGUGAAGACACGGAGAUCCAUCUGUACGUGUGUACGCACGGUGAGCGGGAUUGUAGGUGCGGCGACAUGGGUCAGAAGGUUGUUAGUGCUUUGAAGAAGGAAGUGAUGGAGAGGGGGUUAAGCGCGGACAGGGUUAGGAUUGGGGAGGUGGGGCAUGUUGGUGGGCACCAAUACGCUGCGAACGUUUUAGUUUUUCCGCACGGCGAAUGGUUGGGACGGGUAACACCAGAGACUGUCCCCGACUUACUCACCGCCGUCCUUGCGAGCCCCAGGAGGCCUUUUACGCCUUCAGACCCUCCUUUGCUUAGAAAUCAUUGGAGGGGACGCACAGGGUUGGGGAAGGAGGAACAGGUAGCGUUCUUUGAGUAA